UCCGUGUCGCAAGAUUACCUUCGCCGAGGCCGAGACCCGAGACCUGUUGCAUCCGCAUCGAUCUUAUCUUAAAUUUUUUUUAUUUCUUUCUAGAAUUUUCUUUCUCAAUCAUGACUUUGAAGUUGUAUUACGAUCUGCUCUCACAACCCUCGAGAGCACUAUAUAUAUUUUUCAAAGUAUGUAACAUACCGUUCGAAAAGAAGAUUGUAAAUCUGAAGAAUCUCGAGCAAUACACUCCGGAAUUUGAGCAGAUUAAUCCGUUCAAGAAAGUCCCCGUUAUAGAGCACGACGGCUUCAAACUUGGUGAAAGCGUAGGGAUUACGCGAUACGUGUGCCGAGAGUUUAAAGUGGACGAACCCUGGUAUCCGUCCGAUUCGAGAAAACAGGCUACAGUUGACGAAUAUCUCGAGUGGCAACAUCUCAACACGAGACUUCAUUGCGCAGCAUAUUUUUUAGCGAAGUUUCUUAAUCCGGUCAUGCGGGGUAAGCCGGCAAAGCCGGAAAAGGUCGCCGAAUUGGAAGGUCGUAUGAACGAUUGCAUCGACAUUAUUGAGAACGUAUGGCUGAAAGAUAAACCAUUCUUGACGGGAAACACGAUUAGCGUGGCUGAUAUAUUCUGCGCUUGCGAAUUGGAACAACCGCGAUUGGCCGGUUACGAUCCGAAAAAGGGGAGACCACGCCUGACCGCCUGGAUGGAAAAAGUUGCCGCCGAAACAAGCCCUCACUAUCAAGAUGCUCAUAAAUUUUUAAAUCAAAUAGCUGCACAAGAUCCACAGAAACCCUUUAGUUUCAAGCUUUAAUUGUAAUACAAAUAGCACUCUACAUAUGACGUCCAUAAAUAUGACGUCCAUAUAUACAUACAUAUAUAUCAUAUAUGUAAUCUAUUCUAAUCGAUAGAUGAUAAUAUCUUUGAUGGUUUUUAUUUUGGUAAUUUUUGGCAUUCUUUGAAUUUGAAUAAAUAAGCACAUUUGUAUACGUGUUACACGUAUUGUGAAACUAAACCAA